CGGUGGCAGCUGCGGCGGAUCCCUCGGCACUGCCCGCCGCGCGCCCGGGCAGCCCAGGGCCGGCGAGCAGCUCCGCAAAGUCGCGGAGCGAAAGGAGGAGGAGCGCCAGCAAAGUGGUCGGGCUCCGUGCUAGGGCUGGGCAAAGAGAGGUGUGCCCGGGGACCUGGAUCCUGGCGCCCUUGUGCCUCGCGUGGAGCGGCCAGUGCACCCGGGAGGCGAGCUGACGCUCUGGAAAGAAAAAUCAAAUUGCAGCCUCCCCAAAGACGUUAAGUUACGCAGACCAGCCAGUUCCCGGAGAGCGUUCGCGAGCGCGCGUAGAGCCGAAGCCGCGCCGUGCCGUGCCGCGCCGCGCAGCACCGCAGAGCCCUCCCGGGCCAGUCGGCUGGGAGCGGGGCGCCGUCCGAAAGGCAGCGGCCCCUGAGCACGGGGUCUGGCCGGGAGUGCGCCCCGGUGCAGAGAGGGGGCGUGCAGGGCUCCGCCAGCCCGCCUGCAGCCCGCGCCCGACUUGGGUGCCCCCUCCGUCCCACUCCGGGAGCGAUGCCCCCCGCCCCUCGCGCCCCCCGGGAACGACGCGAGCAUGGAGAAGUCGAGUAGCGAGGAUUCUUCGAUCCACCGGAGUCCAUCUUUGGACAGCAAGGACUCGGACUUUGCCAAGCCGUCCACCUCGGGCCGCCCGUUCGGCCGCGGCUUCACGGCCGGCGCCUUCUACGGCACCGCGGGCUCCCGGGGACAGAGCCGCGCCGAGGCUGGCGUCAAGACUGACAAGUACCAUGCCCCCAAAGGCAGCAAGUACGUGGUGUUUUACCUGGACCUGUCCUUUGUUUUUCUCCUAGAAUUUAAGAAGUGCAACAUGGCCAGGGGCUGCCUCUGCUGCUUGAAGUACAUGAUGUUCCUCUUCAAUUUGAUAUUCUGGCUCUGUGGCUGUGGGCUGCUUGGAGUGGGCAUUUGGCUAUCCGUGUCCCAAGGCAACUUUGCCACCUUCUCCCCCAGCUUCCCCUCGCUGUCUGCAGCCAACCUAGUCAUCGCCAUUGGCACCAUUGUCAUGGUGACGGGCUUCCUCGGCUGCUUGGGGGCCAUCAAGGAAAACAAGUGCCUCCUCCUCAGUUUUUUCAUCGUCCUGUUGAUCAUCCUCCUAGCAGAGCUGAUCCUGCUUAUCCUCUUCUUUGUCUACAUGGACAAGGUGAAUGAGAACGCCAGGAAGGACCUGAAAGAGGGCCUGCUGCUGUACAACACAGAGAACAACGUGGGGCUGAAGAAUGCCUGGAACAUCAUCCAGGCCGAGAUGCGCUGCUGCGGCGUCACCGGCCACACGGACUGGUACCCGGUGCUGGGGGAGAACACGGUGCCCGACCGCUGCUGUGUGGAGAACUCCCAGGGCUGUGGGCGCAACACCACCACCCCUCUGUGGAGAACGGGCUGCUACGAGAAGGUGAAGAUGUGGUUUGAUGACAACAAGCACGUGCUUGGCACGGUGGGGAUGUGCAUCCUUAUCAUGCAGAUUCUGGGCAUGGCCUUCUCCAUGACCCUCUUCCAGCACAUCCACCGGACUGGUAAAAAGUACGACGCCUGAGCCGGCUGGCUGGGAGCACCCCGGCCCCCACACGGACACUGUGCCGGGGAAGAAGAUUUGAGCUUUGUGUUGCCUGCCCGCGCCCUUCAGACUGCUGACCCCUGCGCCCAGCUCCCCAGCCCGCCGGCCCCCAGCCCACCCCGCCUCAGCCUACUUGGUGGGUGGAGGGCCAGGGAGGAGGAGGUGUGGAGGAGGCACACACAGACCUUGGGUGCUGGGGGCGCCUGGAUUCCUGCAUCUGUGUAUUUGCCAAAGAAGACGGGGUGGGCCGGGUUCGUGCUCCAGGAGCCCCCCAGCACGGAUGCAUUUCUGCCCCUGCCCUUCCUCGCCCUGACACUUUGUCCCUGUGGGGGUGGGGAGCACAGUGCUCCCCCCCCCGGUGGAGAGACUGCCCAGUGGAGGCCACUGGCGUCCACGGCCACCCCCGGGGGAGGGCUGGUGGGGGCGGGGGUCCGACCACCUCUGGGCGAGGCCCCUGGGAGCAUCUUGCCCAGGCUUUUUAUACCUUACAGUGUACCUUUUUUUAUUUUAUUUUACUCUGAUUAUGGUUAUUCAGGAAUAUUAUCUCUCAGAUAAGUUUAGGGUUAGCUUUCUGAUUUAUAACUUUUUACUGCGUUGAUUUCUGUAAUGGUUUGAUUUUUUUUUUUUUUUUCCCUGAGGGUGGGGACGGGUGGGGAGAGAGGAUGUCCGUCAGGUUUCAAUCGGGACAAACCACUGUGCCACGCCCAGGAGGCCCCGCGGUGAGGCGCACCAGGCCCUGGCUCAGGACGCGCUGAGCAGGAGGGAGAGUGGGCCAUGCGGUGGGGGCUGGGCGUCCAUGGCCCCGGGGGGCCUGGAAGAGGCGCAGGCUGGUGGGGGGGGGGCAUCCUGUGCAGGGGUGAGGCGUUUGCUGGUGCCGGCGGCAGUUGGGGGUCCUCUGGGGGGCUGGCGCAGUGCUUCACCAGGAACGUGGCCAGGGCUCUUGUGGGUCCUUAUGCUUCACUGAUGGGCAGUCUUUCUUGUUUCCCUUCUUCCUCCCUCCUGCCCUCCGCUGGUAUGGGAGGCUCCCCCUUCCGCCCCAUGCGGGCAUUCCCGCGACAGGUUCUGCAAACCCCAGUUACUUUCACAGACAUUCCUGCUAGAAACUCUCGGACAAAUACCUCUCUAGUUCAGAUGCUGCUCACUUUCUCACAUUGCUUCUGGAAGGGGAAGCGGUCCUUAUGUUUUGCUGCUCAGACAGUGGCAGAGGACCCGUGACCAUCAGGAGGGGAAGGUGGAGCUGGGGCCCACGAUCAUUCCAGCCACAUCCAGCCACAUUCACUGGGCGGCAGGGUCCCUGCUGGGGGUGGGGGGUGGGGAGGAAGAUGGCCCUCGGGCCCCAGGACCCUCAUCCCCUUCCUUGGGGUUUACUGAUAGUGGAGUGGUGGCACUCAUGUCCUCCAUGGCCCCCAGGAGAAGCCCAGAGAGGACAACUGGGUCUUGCUACAGUUGCCCGAGGAAGCAGGCAGCCUAAGUCACGGAAUAGGAGCUGAACAGGCAGGGUGGGGCGUCUGACUGCAGCAGGGACCCCCAUAGGACUUAACGCUGGCCUGACGGAGUGUUUUUGCAGUUUGAAAAAAAUAAAGUCAAGAAUUUACGCGACUGAGCUCGAAAAGGCUAUCCACAAGCCAGCUAGGGUUGGUGCCCUUCCCCAGCGGGGCCUCGCGUGGGGCAUCCGCCUUUUUCCUGCACCAUUUGGCUCGGUCUCUUGAUUUCCCACCAAGCCCAUAUCUCCUCUCCAGCCUCCACUUGGCUGUUCCAAAAGCUGAGACCUGGCCCCCCAGCCAGCAACACCUCCACUCGCCUAAGUAAAAUACAGUCGGGACCAGAAGUAUAGAACUUUUGGUGUGUUCAGGAUUCCAGGGUUUGGGGGGUGGGGCGUGGAGAGUAGGGUGGUCUCAGCGAGUCAGGCAGAGUAAAGACCACCCCCCUGAGACAGGCGCAGAGGUGCCCCUGGGGAAGCUGGGGAGGUGGGUCCUUGGGUGGAGGAUGUGGCAAGCACACGCGUGAGCCAAACUGCCCUCCCAGGUCUUCUGGAGCUGCUGUGUUCCUGGUUAGGAGCUGCAGCUGCCGCCCCGGGGCCUCCCCCCUGCAGGACACAGAACAGACAUGUCAUCACACUGGGGACAGUCGCCUGGUGGGACUCGAUGCAUAAGGACCCCUUGCUUGGGGGUGGGGGUGGGAUGGGGCAGGUUCGUUCAUGCCUAUCAAUGCAAUUUCAAUUUUUGUUCAAAUCCAUAGCAAAAGCCUAACACCUGGGGGGGGGGGGAUGUGUAUAGCCUCCCUGGCAAUCUUACAUUUUGGAGCUUCAGGGGUGUCCUCUGGCCCUGGAGCCUCGGCUGCAGUCCCCUUCUCCCUGCCAGCACCCUCUCCCCUCAGCUGUCCGCCUUGUCCAUAGUCUCCCAGACUGCCUUCCUGCCUCACCCCGUGCUUGGCUGUGUAGGCGUUUGAGGCUCCCCUGGGUGGAAGGCAUGAGUGGUGGGGGGUGCUCUUCCAAGCCCCUUGCCCUUCCUGCAGGGUGGUACCCACAGCCCACAGAAGGCCACGCCGCAUGGUGUCUGUGUGGUGGCCCCGUGGCCCCAUGUCUUUUCAGUUUCUCCUGACUGUGAUCUCAUUGGGGCAGGGUUACCUGAAUGAACCCUCUCACCUGGGGCUUCACUGGCCAAAAUCUGAGUUCAGUUAGCUCUGAUGCAGGCAGUUUACAGAUUCGACUUAGAAGGUCAAGGUUCUGUAGACAGCUUCAAGGGAGUGCCGGCUGGAGACCUGGUCUUUUCCUGCAGCCAUCUGGCAGAGGAGGUGGGCGAGCAGGGACUGAGAAUUACCCUUGUGGGGGGGGGCUUGUAGCAGGUGUUGGGGGCAAGUCUCCACCUCCACGGCCCAGCUGGAGCACUGUCCCCGCCUCUCCCCACCAGCAUGGGCCUACAUCAUGGGCUCUCACUCCAGGAAGGUGGCUGACCCCACCCCAGACCCUCACGCGGAUGUUCUGGUUUGACUUGGACCCGGGUGGCCAUCCCUCCUUGCUUUGGUGGCCCCAAAACAGUCCAGGUGGCUGGAAAUGACUGUCCCCGCCUCUGCAACCCCCUGCCCACCCACACUGGUGGAGGUGCUAACUAGCAGGGACCUGGUGUAGGACAGGAGCUGGGUGCCGGGUGCCUGGAGCCCCCCGCUUUGUCCCUCCGCCCUUCCCCAUCCGGCCUCCCGUGGUCCUGGACUCCCAUCUUGUUCCUCUGCGCCUCAGUGAGGCAGUGGUCCUGGCAGGUCCUGGCCUCCCUGCCCCUUCUGGGCCCCCGAGGGCUGGAGCCAGGGGCUCAUGCCCACACCCUGCCCAGCCCUGGGAGCGCGGGAGCGCGGGAGAGCAGGGCCAGCUCACUUGUUGGGUUCGGAUGCAUUUUUCCUGCUUGCGAUGCCGUACCUGUGCGCUUCCUUCAUCCUGGUUCUGGCUUUCUUGAACACCAUGUUUUUAGCAUGUUUUUAAAUAAAAACUGAUAACGUGUCAAAAGCAC